UGCGUUUUGAUAGGACCACGUACAAGAAACCCGUCCAUCGGCGCAACUUAAAAGAACCAAGCAUAGCCAACCGAGUUUGGCUUUUCUACCACUGCCUCCUUCUCCAACCACUCGCAAAUUUCGUUUCUGUUUUGCUCCCAGGGUAAACUCCUAGUGUUCCUUUCGAUUUUUUCUGGAAGACUCUGCCUUCGUUUCCGAGAAAAAAAACAUCUUUUCUUCCAGGAACCUGGGAAUAUUAUCUGUAGUACCAUUCAGAAACUGAGGCAUUGGGUUGAAAGGGUAAUAUCUGGUUUUCAUCAGCGAACCGAUCGUAUGACCUUGUGCUUCAAUUUUAACAAUGGUCUACCCAGGUUCAAUGCAAUUGUCUCGUGACGUUAGGCUCAACAGUAAUAGCGGGUUCCGUAGUUUCCGUCAUAAUCCUAUGGGGGUUGGUCGAUUACAUUUGGUCACCAUAAAUCUUUCAACAUGUAGAUUGAAGCAAGAUUCUUCAGCACUCCAUCUUUUUAGAGUACAUGCCCCAAUACGGCAUGUGCCUUCCAGAUGUAAUGUUUUCGUAUGCCGGUCUGUCCUAACACCAGGUGGAGGGAAUGUGAAUCUGCUCAUGAAAUCUGCUACUGUUUUUUUAACAAGGUCAUAUGAUGCUUUAUGUGGAAGCCCUAUUUGGCUUCGAUUGAUCCCAGCCCUUGGUAUCAUUGCCUUUGCUGUUUAUGGUCUUGAGCCGCUCAUUCGUCUCAGCAGGACCCUAUUUCUUCAAAGGAAUGACAGUAGUUGGAAGAAAAGUAGUUCGCGAUAUAUGAUGACAUCUUAUUUUCAGCCAUUGCUGUUAUGGACUGGGGCAAUGCUCAUAUGCAGGGCAUUAGAUCCACUAGUCCUACCAUCUGAGACCAGCCAGGUUGUGAAGCAAAGGCUGCUUAAUUUUGUGAGAUCUUUGUCAACAGUGAUUUCAUUUGCUUACUGUUUAUCAAGCUUAAUUCAACAAGCACAAAAAUUCUUUCUGGAGGCAAAUGACUCUGGUGAUGCAAGAAAUAUGGGCCUUGAUUUUGCUGGGAAAGCAGUGUAUACUGCUGUAUGGGUUGCCGCCUUGUCAUUGUUCAUGGAGUUGCUAGGUUUCUCCACACAGAAGUGGUUAACUGCUGGUGGUUUGGGCACAGUAUUGCUCACUCUUGCAGGUCGUGAGAUAUUUACAAACUUUCUUUCAAGUAUAAUGAUCCAUGCAACUCGGCCAUUUAUUCUGAACGAGUGGAUUCAAACAAAGAUUGAAGGUUAUGAGGUUUCUGGUACUGUUGAGCAUGUAGGCUGGUGGUCACCAACUAUUGUGAGAGGUGAUGAUCGUGAGGCAGUUCAUAUUCCUAAUCACAAAUUCACUGUAAAUGUUGUGAGAAAUCUGAGUCAGAAAUCUCAUUGGCGUAUCAAGAGUUACGUUGCUAUCAGUCACUUGGAUGUCAACAAAAUUAACAGUAUUGUGGCUGAUAUGCGCAAGGUUUUGGCUAAAAAUCCUCAAGUAGAGCAGCAAAAAUUACACAGAAGGGUGUUUUUGGAGAAUGUCAAUCCUGAAAAUCAGGCUCUUAUGAUAUUAAUAUCUUGCUUUGUAAAAACUUCACAUUUUGAAGAGUACCUCUGCGUUAAGGAGGCAAUUCUUUUGGAUCUUCUCAGAGUUGUCAGUCAUCAUCGAGCUCGGCUAGCCACUCCCAUCCGCACAGUUCAGAAAAUAUAUGGUGAGGCUGACUCAGAAAAUAUACCCUUUGGGGACACCAUUUUCACUCGAUCCAGAGCAACAGCAAAUCGUCCAUUCCUACUGAUAGAACCACCAUAUAAAGUUAAUGGAGAAGAUAAAGUUAAGCCUUCAACUCGUUCAACUCGAGCAAAUGAGGAAAAGGAUGCCAAGGUUGAUGAAAUUGUGGCAUCUGACUCGAAAGGAGAAGAGAAUUUUGCAGCUACAUCAACCUCCCAACCUGGUGUAAACUCCAAGGAUAAAUCCAAGUCAAUUUCUGAGGCCCAAAUCCAGAAUAUUGGUUCUGAUAGUUCAGUUGAGAAGACCUCCAAAACCAUGCCGCCUAAAAAGGAAAGUACAGGAGAUGCAGGAAAGGGAAGUACAGUUCCAGUAUCUAAAAACCUUGCACAAAGUGCUGUGCCUGAAACCUCUCCUGUUACUUCCCAUGAGAAUAUGGGUUCUGAUAGUUCAGUUGAGAAGACCUCCAAAACCAUGCAGCCUAAAAAGGAAAGUGCAGGAGAUGCAGGAAAGGGAAGUACGGUUAAUGUAUCUAAAAACCUUGCACAAAGUGCUGUGCCUGAAACUUCUCCUGUUACUUCCCAAGAGUCUGGCAGGGGAGAGACCGGUUCUACUUCUUCACAUUCAAAGCAAGAUGAAGAGAAAUCUGCUGUGUCUUCAUCAUCAGUUAGACCUUCCUUGGAAGAGAAUAUUCUUCUUGGUGUUGCCCUAGAAGGCUCAAAGCGAACUCUUCCAAUUGAGGAAGAAAUGACUCCAUCUCCUAUCCCUGUGGAGUCACAAGAAUUUGCUGUACAACGGAAUGGGAGUGGACCUCCUGCUAACAAGGAUAAGAAGGAUGGUCAGAUGUCUUCAUUUCCAACUGCUAACAAGGAUAAGAAGGAUUAGUAGCAAAAUAAGCAGAGUAGAAGUUGAUAUUUUAGUAUAUGCCUUCAAUUGAAAAUUAUGCAAAAAUGAUCCAGCUGUUUUUUUUAAGUUGGAAUUAUGCAUUGUAUUCUCCCUAGCUGAUUAUGUACAUAAUUGUUCUUUCAUGAUUUUUAUAACUGUCUCAUUCAGAAUCUCUGAAUA